GUUAGCGAUCAAUACUCGGGCGUAGAGUAGCGUGCAGCGGUAGUUGUUGUCUUGCGAGUAUUGUGCCAACUCUCGUGGCAUCCCGAUCUCUCAGUGCGCUCCGCGUGAUAUGCCGUAUAAACCUUCUGCAUGGGCGUCUAUUUAUCCGGUGCGAGAUAAAUAUUUAUUCGCGCGACGUGUGCACGGGACGUGCUCCCGUAUAAAUGUCGCGUGUCGCGGGGAACGUUGCCGUCAAGGGAAAUCUCGGGGAACUCGUUGAACGCGCGACUGUUGAAUUUUUUAUUCUGUAGCGCGCUUACGUGCGCGCGGUAUUCUCUCGGAGGGACAAAACGGCGAAGAUGAAGAGGCAGAACGUCAGGACACUGUCACUGGUGGUGUGCACGUUUACGUAUCUCCUCGUUGGCGCCGCGGUGUUUGACGCCCUGGAAUCGGAUACUGAGAGGAAACGCUGGGAAUUUCUCUCGGAGAUACGCCGUAAUAUGAUGAAGAAAUAUAACAUUACACCGGAGGACUACAAGAUGGUCGAGAUCGUGAUAAUAGAAAAUAAACCUCACAAAGCUGGGCCGCAGUGGAAGUUUGCGGGUGCCUUCUAUUUUGCCACUUUAGUAUUAGCCAUGAUUGGUUACGGACAUUCCACUCCGGUGACCAAGCCCGGAAAAGCGUUCUGUAUGGUAUACGCGAUGGUGGGAAUUCCGUUGGGACUGGUAAUGUUCCAAAGCAUCGGCGAGAGAUUAAAUAAGUUUGCAUCGGUCGUGAUCAGGCGGGCGAAGACGUAUCUUAGAUGUCAGAAGACUGAAGCGACGGAGAUGAAUCUCAUGCUGGCGACCGGCCUGCUUUCGAGUAUAAUUAUCACAACGGGCGCCGCUGUGUUCUCGCGAUACGAAGGUUGGAAUUACUUCGACAGUUUUUAUUACUGUUUCGUGACGCUCACCACCAUAGGCUUUGGCGACUACGUCGCUCUUCAGAACGACCAAGCGCUUUCCAACAAACCUGGAUAUGUGAUCUUGAGUUUGGUCUUCAUCCUCUUUGGUUUGGCUGUAGUCGCUGCCAGCAUUAACUUGCUCGUGUUGCGCUUUAUGACAAUAGACAGCGGUGAAGCGCGUCGCGACGAUAGCGAGCUGGUUUCCGCCUCGCACCAUGUUUUAACGUUAGACGGCGAGGUUGUGGCGGUAAACGGUAAGCUUCUGGCCAACCAGGUGCCAAUCGUGCACGACACGGACGAUUGCGUAAGCGUGUGCUCCUGUACCUGCCUCGGUCCGGCGACCUCCGAGUUGCUGGAUCCUUCAGGGUAUCAGGGCUACCGGCCACCCCCGAUCUCUGCCAGUCUCCGAGUGAAACGCGCAUCUGUCUGAUGGAGGGAGUUUCGUCGUCGCAGCUUACGUCGUCGACUUUCGAGGGCCGACAGCCGGGAGCUGCUCGGUAUCGACGUGUAAGGGUCGAUUUUCACCGCAAAACUUUCCGAGAGAGGAUCACUGCGCGCUGUGAUACAUCCGCAGGGAACGAUUCGUAAGAUUCUCACCUUUUGCGGAGAGUAAAAUUUAAAAAAGACAAAAAAAAACCGACAACAUCUUCCCGAUGUGUUUGAUACAUGUGUAAUAAGGACACUGACUGUUAAUCGUUGUUCGACAUCGUCGAAGGCUUGCCGGAGAUGCUUGGACAAUGUGUUCCUGCUACAUUUCUUCCCGAUGUUGUACCGAUAUGUAUAUCCACGAAGUUGAUGCAUUUUGAUAAUUAAUGUUGAUCGACCGUAUCGAUUUCCGAUACGUGUAUGUUGUAUGUGUAAUCCGAGUGUUAUAUAGACUCGAUUUUUAUGUCAGAUGAAAAUGAUGAACGGCAUUGUAUAAUUGUCGUUUUAAUUCAUAAACAUUCAUACAGAACGCUAAUUGUCUGGAUAUUCGAGUGGUGACCCUUGCAAUAUCGUAUCCUAGCAAAAAUGGAAUAUCCCAGUACCUCAAAUGUAACAUAUACGAGCUCAGAUGCGGAUUAUCGGAUAGAUGAUCGCGUAUUUAUAAAUUAUAGUAUUAUCAAUGUUGUAUUAAUAUGUAUGUGAAGUAAAAGUAUAGAUUGGCUUCCACAGCCUAGAGAUUUUCAAAUUUAACAAUGCCAAUGUGACAAUUGAAAACUAUUGUCUCAUUCUCUUCACAUAAAAAAAAAUUUAGUAUAAUAAUUAUAUUUAUUAUUUAUCUAAGAAAUUAUAUUCUCUUUAUUUUAUUAUAAAUUAGCGCAUUUUUGGAUAUUAUAAUCCAAUAUUUUAAUCCACGGAUGAGAUUUAAAAAUUUCUUCUCUUCCCGUUCAAAAUAUUUUCUGCUGUGGAAUGUAUUUGAGAAUCUCUCGGCCAGAAUCGUGCAGAAUCGCACGAACUAUACAUAUGAAUAUAAAUACAAUAGAACAAUAUUCUGGCCUGAAUAGCAUAAUAUUAUAUACAUAUUUCCAUAUUUAUAUCCGUAAAUGUAAAGAAAUGUCGCCUCAAGAAAUUUGACAUGAUCAUUUAUGUAAUUGCAGAUUGCAAACGUGGAGGGUAACGCAAGUUGUAUUUUUUUAAGACGUUUAUAAAAUAAAAUAGAAAACGCCGAAAGAGAAAAGAGAAGAAAAAAGUGAAAAGAAAAGGGAGGGAAAGGAUAUACCGGGAAGACUGAUAGCUCAAAUUCUCUUCAAAUCAACUGUAGUUAUUACUUUUUUUAAAGAAAAUCUUUUUUUUCUUGUGAUUCAGUUGCGUUAAUAUCUUUCAAAAAGUAUUCUUUAAUAGGUUUGAUCUUUGCGAUGUUGUAACAAAUAAUGCAACAAACAUCAGACACAACAAUAUAAAAGUAAUUUAAUUCUUCAGACACAUAUUAAUUGUUUAUUAACAAUCAAAAGUGGACGUUGUAUUUAAAUUCUUUGUAUUUACGUUGUAGUUUUAAUAACUUGCGUUAAAAUUGUGUGAUAAAAUAUGAGUCUAAUUACAGAUAAAAUUGGUCACCGACUGGGAGGGAAUGCUUCCUUUGUUAUAUGCCUUGUUAUAUUUCAUCAAUUAGAAAAUACGUAAUCAUGAUCGUUGUGAUUAAUAUACGCACAAGUUGUAAUAAUGUUCAAAAAUUAGUUUCACAUGAGAAAAAGUUCAAGCUAACAAUAAAACGUAUUUAAUAUCAUUAAAAUUCAAUUCUUUUCAAGACGUAUCGUAAUGUGCACAGUAUUUAAAAGUGCGCACACGUUCACGCAGAAUAAAAAUAGGCAAACCGCUCUAAGCAAUGCGAUAGAUGAUUAUUGUAAUAUUAUUAUAAGAUUUAUCCUAUAUGCCCCUGUAUAUUUUUUAAUGUGAAUACAUUUUUAAUAAACACAAAUACAAC